UUAUAAUGCAGGCAUACAGUGAUUAAAAAAAAAAAAGAUUUUUAUCACUUAAAAUGAUAGCAUCUCUAGAGGCUACCUUGUUUCUCAUCUGAAGGGUGUUGUUCCAAAGAAGGGCAUGGAAACGAUUAAGUACUGGCCUCUGUUUUUGUUGUACAGCUUCCAGAACUUUUCGACUGAAGACGCUAUGUACUGGAGUUCUUUACACAGAGAGCUGACUGAUCUUUGAAGAUAUUUUUCGUUUCUCCAACCAAGAAAAAUAUGAUGUUUCUUUUCCAAGCCUCACUCUUGUUCUUAAAUCUAUGUAUUUUUACUUGUGGAGAAGUUAUACGAGGUAACUGUGUGCAUCAUUCUACGGAUUCUCCAGCAGUCAAUAUUGUAGAAGAUGAAUCUAAUGCAAAAGGUGAAAGUAAAAGUAAUGAUACUGUUUAUAAAGAAGACUGCGAGGAAUCAUGUGACGUUAAAACUAAAGUUACACGAGAAGAAAAACAUUUCAUAUGUAGAAACUUGCAAAAUUCUAUUGUUUCUUACACACGGAAUACGAAAAAACUACUAAGAAAUAUGAUGGAUGAACAGCAGGCUUCCUUGGAUUACUUAUCUAAUCAGGUUAAUGAGCUCAUGAAUCGAGUUCUCCUUUUGACUACAGAAGUUUUUAGAAAACAGCUGGAUCCUUUUCCUCACAGACCAGUUCAGUCACAUGGUUUAGAUUGUACUGAUAUUAAAGAUACCAUUGGCUCUGUGACUAAAACACCGAGUGGUUUGUAUAUAAUCUACCCAGAAGGAGCUAGUUACCCAUUUGAGGUAAUGUGUGACAUGGAUUACAGAGGAGGUGGAUGGACUGUGAUACAGAAAAGAAUUGAUGGGAUAAUUGAUUUCCAAAGGUUGUGGUGUGAUUAUCUGGAUGGAUUUGGCGACCUUUUAGGCGAAUUUUGGCUAGGGCUGAAGAAGAUUUUUUAUAUAGUGAAUCAGAAGAAUACCAGUUUUAUGCUGUAUGUGGCACUGGAAUCUGAAGAUGACACAUUCGCUUAUGCAUCAUAUGAUAAUUUUUGGCUAGAGGAUGAAACAAGAUUUUUUAAAAUGCAUUUAGGACGGUAUUCAGGAAAUGCUGGUGAUGCAUUCCGGGGCUUCAGAAAAGAAGAUAAUCAAAAUGCGAUGCCUUUCAGCACAUCAGACGUCGAUAAUGAUGGGUGUCGCCCUGCAUGCUUCGUCAGUGGUCAGUCUAUGAGGAGCUGCAGUCACCUUAGUAACCACACGGGCUGGUGGUUCAACCAGUGUGGUCUCGCUAAUCUGAACGGCAUUCAUCACUUCCCCGGAAAAUUGCUUGCAACUGGAAUUCGAUGGGACACGUGGACCAAAAACAACUCACCUAUCAAGAUUAAAUCUGUUUCAAUGAAAAUUAGAAGAACUUACAAUCCAUAUUUUAAGUAACCUCAUUUUAAAUUGUAAUGAGUGUUCCACAGUUAUUUUUGAAAAUAUAUGAAAGAUUUCACAAUGGUUUCUCUUUUUACUGAGUGUUGCAGACAGAUUAGCCAAAAUUCAACUAUAGGUGACAUCUAGGUAUUAUGGGUUUAAUUAGAAAUUUUUAGUUUUGUAGAGUUUUACAACGGAAAACAUGGUUCAAUGUAUACUUUUACUACUAACUAUGUUAACAAUAUGUAAUAAAAUUUGUUUUGA